AUGACGGACAGCACAGCAAUCGCGGCGCAGCUUGCACUAAUCAUUGAGCGUUUGGACAGUCUUACAGCGGAGACCAAAGCUCUUAGGGAAGACUCGGUGAGCCAAAAAGAUACUCUUGACAAGCUAGUUGCAGCUCAAGAGAAAGAACCUGCGUCUCCUGGAAAACAACAAGCAAAAAGUGACUCAAUCCAUGGUCCAGCGGUGAAGUUUACCACAGAGGAUCUGUCUGAAGUCGAGUUCUUUAGCGGCACCAAGAAAAACAGAGGUGUUUCUUCUCACGCUGCAAAACCAGGAGGCGCCUGGCAGAAUCAGUUUCAAGGUCAAGAACAGAUACAUCGACACACAGAUGGUGGUGGUGAUUGGCAGGUUAAGCCAAUUGGAGUCGAAUCUCCUCAGGGCUAUUCUCAAAGUGAUUUUCGUGCUCAAGAGAAACGCCAAUGGACUGCAAAAGACGAUGCCUGUGACGACGGAGACAUCGAGAACGUCAAGCGUAUUGUUCCAGCAAUAAAGAUGGAGUUUCCAUCCUAUGAUGGAACAACUAAUGCGAUUGAAUGGCUGCAAAAGUGUGAAGAUUACUUUGAGGAUCAACGAGUGUUUAGUGAUGAAGCACGAGUUCGUCAAGCAACCUUUGUCUUAACAGGAAGAGCAUACCACUGGUAUCAUAAUCUCAGACGCUUGGUAACACAGAAGUUAAGCUGGUUUGAAUUCAAAAAGAUUUGCAAGAGCCGUUUUGGCAAAGCAGACUCAGUCAAUCCCGUAGGAGAGUUGUCUAAUCUGAGACACACAGGAACCGUAGAUGAUUACUGUAGUCAGUUUGAAGAGUGUCUUGGGCGACAAACAAAGCUGACAGGAGAUCAACAACUCUGGCAAUUUUGUGCAGGGUUGACUGAUAGUUUAAGGAAGGAGGUUGAAUACCUACGUCCAGAGACAAUCUUUAAAGCAAUGGAGUAUGCACGGGAUAAUGAGUAUAAGAUUGAUAACGACAGAAGAACUCGGUCAUUUAGAGGACAUCUAGCUCCAACAACUAGAUCAAUGAUGGCCAUGAACAACGGGAAUGACACAGAAACGGUGAUACCUCAACAAGAAGCAAAAAAGGCACCACCGAGGAAAUAUUUGAAGAAGUUAACUGUGGAAGAAAUGGCAGAGCGAAAAGCUAAAGGACUUUGCUUCAAUUGUGAUGAGCUCUUCACGCGAGAUCAUGUUUGUAAUCCAAUGCUUUUUCAUAUUAUGCCGGUCAGGGAUGGAGACAAUCAAGAAGAUGAACCAUUUGAUGAAGAAAACUGGAAGGAUGAAUAA